AUGAGUGAUUCAAAUCGUAGUGGUAGUAUGAGUAAUCAAUCCUCUUCCACUCCAUUACCUAGCCCUUCAACAUUAUUACAAAAUUCUAGUAUUAAUAAUAUUCAUCAAUCUAUAAAUGGAAGAAGUAAUAAUUAUUCCGAAAGACCUCAACCUUCCCAACAACAACAAUCAUAUGUAGUACAACAAGGACAUUCUUCAAAUUAUAAUAAUUCUACCGUUCAAAAUAGACCUACACAACGUAUUGUGACAUCUCAUGGUAAUUCUACCACUAAUUCUCAUCAUCAUCAAACUGUUGUUAUCCAACAACGUAAUCCACAGUCAACACAUCCACAAAAUUCACCCUAUCUUAGAACACAACCAUUACAAACUCGUGUUGUUGGACAACCACAUACACAAGAGAUACAAAAUUCACAAAAUGGUGAUGAAACAUUUAGUAAUGUUGUUGUAUCACAAUUUCGUGGAUCUUCCAUGGGUAAUUAUACUGUUCAACAUAAACCAUCUGCACCAAAACCACAUAUACCUCAACAAACGAUGCAAAUAUUAGAACCAGCGAAAAAUGGACCAAUUAUUGAUUCAGAGUCACAAUCUCUUUCUGCUAAAGAGCAAUAUAGGGAAUUGAAAAGAAAUUUUAGGUUUCUUGUUUAUGAAAAUGAAUGUUAUCAAGAUGAAUUAAGAUCUUUACAAAGAAAAUUAUUAAAAUUAUCGAGAGACAAAAACUUUUUACUUGAUCGUUUAGCACAAUAUGAAAAAUUGUCAGAUUCUAGUGAUGACUCUGAUACAUCUGUCAAAACUAUAGAAGAUAAAUCUUCAAAAGUUAAAACUAAAAAGCGUGUUCGUUCUACGGCAGCUGCUAAAAAGAAAACUUCUGUUACAGGACCAACUUUGUCUGUUUCUCAGGAUAAUUCAAAUAACAAAACUCCGGUUUCUGAAUCAACACCAGCUACUCCAUCAGUUAAGAGUUCUCCAUUGAAAGCUAAAGUUGAAGUAGCUCCAUUAUCAAGUCAGGCGUUACUAAAAAGUGCCUCAAUAUCCCAACAAAGGCAUCCAAAAUCAGCACCACCUCAACAGACAACUCUUGUUUCUCAUCACCAUGAUAAUUCACAUGUAAUGAUGGAUAGUUCCCCAUUAACAUCUCCAAAUGGUAAAAUAUUACAAAAUGAUAUGAUGAUAUCACCUAAUUCCAAUGAAUAUAUAAUAGUUAAUUCAAUUCCCGAUCAACAUAUGGAAGAUAGAAUAAUUUAUGAAGAUAUGCAUCAUGGUCAAAUUCUAGAAUAUGUUGAAAACGAUCAGUAUGAUAAUAAUGAUGCCUACUACAUAGAAGAUCAUCCUAACUUAUAA